GUCAGUUGAUGAUAACAAGAUCAUGCGCUGGCACCCCAAGUUUCGUCUUGAUGAUGUCCCAGAUGUAGAUGAGGCUGAUCUGCCUCAGCCACCUGUGGUGAAGACCUACAGUAGUGCUCACGAUGUGCUAGAGAAAGCACGAGAUAUGAUAGCACCAAGGGUUGAGAAAGCACUAAGAACAGUUGCUUCAAAGGAGCAAGAAGACAAAGAGCAAAGAACAACUAACAAGAACAACCUUGAAGAAAAGAAAGUCAUCACAGCAUUGAAAGAAAAUACUGAAAAUAAGAACAGCCUGAAGCAUAAAUCAGCCUUGAAGGGAAUCUCUCAAGAUCUGCUGAACAAGAUUCGUCAGAAAGAAGCAAAGAAAAUAGAGGAAAACAUGACGAGAGAUCCGCUAGUUGACAAGAAGCUUGCCAUGAAGGAACGUCUCCCUGACUUAUGCAGAAUACUCAAAGCCUACUUCUCUGCUGAGCGCAAAGCAGCUAUUCCUCUGGAUGAUGCAACAGUAAAACUCUCGGAAAGUUACAAGACUUCCCUAUCUUCAGUACAAGUGGAAGAACACAUCCGAUUCAUGUCACAGCUUGUUCCAGAGUGGAUCUCAGUUCUAACAGUAAGGAAAUGUGCAUACAUCAAGAUCAACAAGACUGCUGAUGUAAACAAUGUCAUAAACAAACUCAUGACCAAAGAAUUUCACUGACGAAGUAAAAGUUGGGAUAAUUGUUGUUACAACAUGGUGACGGUCUGGUGACUUUGACAAUCUGAGAAUUGUUCAUUGAGCCUGCACUGUUAAUGACUUACAAUGGAACACUUUUACUACCCUUUGGAAGUCAUGAAAACAUUGUUGCAUUUGCAUGGUGUUCAUACCCAUGGUCCACAGGAUCAGUUAUUAACUACUUGCUUGUACAUUGAACUAUACCAGAAAUUUUGUGACUAGUGAGACCUUGAUUGGGUUUUGACUGACAACAGCUGUCCAAUCUAACCCAAAAAUCUCCAUGAAAUUUUAAGAGAAGUGAACAAGAAAAGUUAUUGUAAUAUGCAAUAUCAAAGGGAAAACUUUCAAUGACCUAUCAAUAUCAUUCAUUGUUGGCUUGUUUUUAUUACAGAAUUAUCUUUUUUGGGCAAGGUACACAGCAGAUUUAGUUCUGGGCAUUCAGAAAAUGAUUUUUUUAAUAGAAUUUUUACAUUUACCUAAUCAGUAUUGAGUUAUCAUGUCUCUACAUUUACACUGUGUACUGAUCAAGCUGUGUCUGUUUGUAUAUUUUUAUCAUUAGGAAUUUAUCCUUCAACAGUACUUAGUACUCAGUACUGUAUUUUCAUCAUUAAAAGCAACAUUUUGUUGUAAUGUGGCAGAAUUUACUGAGUCUGUAAUAAUUUAUUGUUUAUAGUCAAACCUCUCUACAAGGGCCACCUUCAGGACAUACUGUGUGAAGGUCGCCGUGUAGAGAGGUGUCCGUUAUGGGGAGAUACAUGUAGGGUGUAAUAUGACACCUGUUUUUUGGGGGGUUACGACAUAUUCAUAAUAUUUUAAAAAAACAAUCAAAUUAUCUCAAUAAAACAAACCAAACAGAAACAGAAAUCAAUGACAUGCGGUAUGGAGUUUCAUGACCUUUUACAAUAGAUCACAAGGUUUGUUAAUCACCAUUUGUCAGUCGUUGAUUAACUGGCCGUUGUGGAAAAACCUGCAACUGACUCGGCAUCUUUCACAAGGUC